AUGUUGGGUGGUCUUUUGGGUCUUGGCGGCAACAAGCGCCCUGCUGCUUCGUCUUCUACCGCUGCUGCCUCUUCUAGUGCGCCAGUGUUGGUCCUCAAAAAGCGGAAAAUCGUGCAUACACCAUCUGCCGACAAGCCCUCUUUGCUGUGGGUAGAUAAGUAUCGUCCCCUUUACCUUGACGAAAUGGAUUUGCACUCUGACUUCACUAAAAUUAUGCUGGAUGCGGCAAGAGCGAAGGAGUUGCCGCACUUGUUGCUCUAUGGCCCGAACGGAGCAGGGAAGAUGACGAGGGUAUAAUUGCACACCCGUCAAUAUAAUUGGCUGGGUAUUACUUAUAUAUCAUCAUCGUCAACAUCAUUAAGGAAAAGGAAGAAGGUUGGAUAGACAGUAUCAUGGUUGACUCUGGUGAGUUCCAGAACAUUGCCCCCUCCCACAUGUUCCCUCGUGGUGCUAGUACAACAUUUUCAUUCUCUGACCGGGAGUCAUUUAGUACAGUACCCAGGCGCAAUAAAAAUCCACGCUUUCCACCUUGCCGCCACAUCUCCUAGGUGUACGCUUUAUUGCGGCAAAUAUUUGGUCACGCAGUGGACGAGACAACAACGAAGAUGCAGACUGUGGGCGAAACAUCGUCAACAAAAUUCGAGAUAUGUACAAAAAGCUCUCUCUACCAUCUGGAGAUCAACCUGAGUGACGUCGGCUUCAGAGACGUCAAAGUCGUAAAGAGCCUGCUGAAGGAGUUUACGGGGACGAGACCGGUAUUUGUUGCUUUGAUGUAGCGCUGAAAAUAGAUAGAGCGUGUUAAUACAGCAUACGACGGGGAGACAACAUGGACAAGAUCUUGAUGAAAAUGUUCCGAUGAAAAUGUUCUCACCAUAUCUAAUGAAACGAUCUUCUCACCAUAUCGACAUCUUUAAUAGAAAACCCUCUACUCCCACAACGCAGUUAAACCGUGCUGCCUUUAAAGUAGUCGUCUUGAAGGGCGCAGACAAGUUGACCAACGAGUGUCAGACGGCUCUGCGUCGCUUGAUCGAAGUCAGGUCGGAGACGAAUCGCUUCAUCUUCGUGUCUAAGUCUAUCGGGGCGAUGAUAUUGCCGAUCCAAAGUCGUUGCUUCCCUUUCCGACUAUCCUUGCCCUCAGAUGCCGAAAUUAAGCGAGUGCUCUCGGACGUGUUGCAGCAGUUAUGUUGGAAGAGAACAUUAAAUAUAGUUUGAAUUUGUGCUAGGGUAAGCAUUAUGAAAGUCGCCCAACAUCCUCAGAGCCGAUGGGAGGGAUCAAUGAGAGGGAUCUCUAACCUAACCGAAGUGAACUAAAAGCUGAUGCUAAAGGUGCAGCAAUCCUCGUGAUCCCCCUAUUCUUAUCCCUCCUGAUCCUCCCUCUUCCUCUCCUCCUCCCCCCGCUAAUUUCCGAGCGCAUGCCGAACCUCAUCCCACAGACGAACUUCGAUGGUAUCAUUCAAGCCACUGGAAAUGAUUUGAGGAGAGCCCUCUUGAAACUCGAAACCAUGGUCACAGGAGGAAACAUGCAGCAAGUGCCUGGCGAGCCAUGGGAGAAUAUCUGUGGACAAAUAGCCCAAUCCAUACUGCAAGGACCUCAUAAUCCCAGGACGCUCCUGGACAUUCGAUCCAAGUUCUACACGCUUUUAGCAGCAACGGUUGACUUAUGUUGAAAAUGGUUGAUUCUUUUCUGACGUCUUAUACUAGUGAGUGAGAUGAUGAACCGAAGAGAUACAUCAUUUUAGAUAUUAUAACUUGUAGGAGUUGGGAGGGCCAUUUCUUCAUCGAUUCGAGCUUCUUUAUUAUUUAGUACUUCACUGCUCGUCGUAGCCUUUUCAGGUUGAAGAUGAAAAUAAUUCCCCUUGUUCUUACCUCUUCAGUUCUGAAGAACACUUCUCUAAGGCUGUCAGGAACGAUUAUGACAACCGUUUGCGAUCAAUUGGCGCAGAGGUCGCCCUAUAUAAUCUCAGCUAUAUGGAAUGUCGCUUCGAUUUACGAUGUAAUGUUAUGGCAGAGGAUGAAUUUCCAGUAGUAUGCAAAGUCAAAUCUCCAGUAGUAUGUAAGUCAAACUUGGUGGUGAGUUCUCCUAGGUUGUUCUUGCUUCCUACCGGCAAUGGAAGAGAUGCUAAAGAAAGGAGUUCUUGUUUCCAGAAGUGUUUCCACCCUUUCUAAUGUACUUGAAGAAAUGCGGCAAAGAGAUUUUUGCUCUGGAGGCUUUUGCAGCACGGCUGAUGGCCAUUAUAGGGAAAAUGGUAGCCGAGCAGCAACAGCAAAUGCAACAGAGAAGGUAG